CAGCACCCAAAACAGAAAGAGAGAAUCCGACCCGACUUGGGGAUUAAGUCAGUUCUCCUUCCUUUUCUCAUCAGUGUUCAUCACCGUAAUCUGAGAUUUUUACUCUCCUUAACUUAGGGAUUCUUUUCGUCUCACAGAAGUUUCGAAUUCGACAGCGAUGGAUCUCAAUCUCGAUGCGCCACACUCUAUGGGGACGACCAUUAUCGGCGUCACUUACAAUGGAGGCGUCGUUCUCGGAGCCGACUCACGUACCAGCACCGGGAUGUACGUGGCUAACCGGGCUUCAGACAAGAUCACGCAACUAACAGACAAUGUCUACGUCUGCCGUUCUGGUUCGGCUGCUGAUUCUCAGGUUGUAUCGGACUAUGUCCGCUACUUCCUUCACCAGCAUACAAUCCAGCUCGGACAGCCUGCCACUGUAAAGGUUUCGGCCAACCUUAUCAGGAUGCUCGCAUAUAAUAACAAGAACAUGCUGCAAACUGGCCUCAUAGUUGGUGGCUGGGAUAAGUAUGAAGGCGGAAAGAUCUACGGGAUUCCUCUCGGUGGAACUGUAGUUGAGCAACCGUUUGCUAUUGGAGGCUCUGGCUCUAGUUACCUUUACGGGUUCUUUGAUCAGGCGUGGAAAGAAAACAUGACCAAAGAAGAAGCCGAGCAACUUGUUGUGAAGGCGGUUUCACUUGCCAUAGCCCGUGAUGGAGCCAGUGGAGGUGUUGUACGGACUGUCAUAAUAAACUCAGAGGGAGUGACAAGAAACUUCUACCCUGGGGAUAAGCUGCAGCUUUGGCACGAGGAGUUGGAGCCCCAAAACUCCUUGUUAGACAUCCUGAACGCUGCUAGUCCUGAACCAAUGGCCAUGUGAUGCAAACAAACAAUCAUUCUAUUACUCUGUUCAAAAACAUUUUAAAUGUUUCGUUACAUUUACCAGUGUCCUACUCUAAACGAUGUUUACUUAUGGUUUUAAUUCCUCUGUGCUCAAACUCGGUUAGUAGAAAUUUUCCAUCUUUCAGCUU